AUGAAGUUAAAGCGGUUUCUGCUACGGUAUUACCCACCUGGUAUGUUUUCAAAAAUUCAUUUAUUUUUUAGGAAUAAUUUUAGAUUAUGAACAAAGUGGGUGUGAAAGAAUAAAGCCUAUUGAUCUCCUUCACUUAAAUAAAACGUUUGCUUCUAACACAAAAAUAUCACCAAUUAAGGAGCGAUGUAGAGGCUAUAGCUGAGGAAAUUUUCAUGAAUGAGCCUCUUAUUACUGAGAAGAGAAAACCUCAACUGAAAGAACUUGUUAACAAAUUAAAGACAAAAGUCUCUCAACCGGAUAAAGCGAGUUUCUCCCAAUCAAAGGUAUGUUUUCACUAAAUUAUUGAGGAUAAAUUAGCCUUAAAGGUCUUGCGGGCCCACAUACUCCCGCUAACAAACGUUUCUUUCAACAAAACUGGCAGUCAGUAAGUCAACGUUUUGUCUUUGGAUUUAAAGAUAUUUAAACGUCUGUUUUUUUGAAAUUAUAAUUUUUAUGGAUACGAAUGCUUUUGUUCGUUUGACAUCUCCUGUGGCCGAAUAUCUGUUUUUUUUAGGACAAACGUUUAAUCAUAUACAUUGCUUAGUGAUUGCUACUCGAUCUGUCGUGCGAGUAAGAGCGCUCACAUUAAGGGGUGAAUAUAUGAAUUUACAUUUCAGGUAGUUAUUUGACUUACUCCACUUUACUGGCAGGCCUUUUCCGUGACGGUAUGGUUUAAAACAAUCUUUCCAUACAAACAGAAGUUUUUGCUAAGGCCUAAUAACUGAUGGGUAGAAAACGCAAAGCCAGAAACAAAUCCUUGCAGAGAAAGACGAAUCUUUGUGAAAAACUAAUUGCAAAAACAAUCGCACAAUGGAUGCUCUUCUUUAAUAUGCUCAAAAAAUGACUAAAAACUUUCUUAAUAAUCCUAGGGAAAGAUUAUGCUAUAAGUGGUACCGAACUCAAUCUAAAUUGUACCAGCUUCGAUUGCCCGUGGAACCAUAAGAAAUCUUCAGUCAUCCGUUAAUGCAACACACUUAAAUUUCAACUUUGUUCUUAUGGACAGCAGUCUUAACAUUGACAAAGGUGAUAGGGUGGUUGAAAGUUUCAUCUACAUGACCAAUACAAGCGAUGCUUCUGUAAGACGAAGACGUUAUAGGAAUGACUGGAUGGAGCUUCGGUAUGGGCCGUGUGUAAAAUAAAAUUGAAAGAUCUUAAAUCUGCAAGUGUUGUGUCGACAUUCUGGCACCCUGGCUCCAUGAGAGGAUUGAACAAUCGUGAAGAGUCGAGGUCGUUGAUGAUGACUGGGGCUCAGACAUCCCUGUGCUUGUCUUUUGGAUGUGUGAUAAGACAAGAUGCGAGAACUACCACUGCAUACGCCUCAGGAGAUUUCAGGCAGCACGCCACUUUAAAACGAGGUUUAACCAGGCCGGUGUCGUGAUCUGAUAUUCACACUGAGGCUCAUUCUUGAAAUACGCCAUAGCGACAGACGGUCGUCUGCUUUGUUGGCGUUCGAUGCCGUUCAUCGUGAGUUCCUGUGGCGACUAAUGAAACUAGAUGGUGUGUCGACAAAGAUCCUCGCCAUGAUCAAGGCCAACUACCGCCCGACUAUUGCGCGAGGUCUAGUCCAUAAUAACCGUUCCGGCUGUUUGAUAUCCUGUCUGACGUUCGGUAAGGUCGUAUCUUUUCAUCCAUUCUAUUCACUUAGGCCACAUAUUGGAUUUUGGGGAACGCCCAACACGUUACCGAUGCCGAGUUUGCACUCGGCUACCGGCUGACUGCGUCACCGAUAUUGCUUUACUAGCUCCAAGCCUUGGCUGUCUACACCGUAUGAUGUCACGGGUAAACGAGGCCGCUCAGUCCGUCGGUUUACCUAUAAACGAUAGGAAAACUAAAGACUUUCAAAGCUGCAUCACUGAACAGGAUAGAGUACCUCUCGAGGUUAACGGCUGCACCUUGAAGGUGUAAAAAGUUUUAAAUACUUUGGGAGGAGACUACUGCAGAAUUGACAGAGUAAAAGCAAUACUGUCUCCCGAGUCGGUGCUGCCGACCGGGUAGUUCUAAGUCUUUAAAAGUAUCUUCUGGUCCGAGACGACAUUUCUAUUGCCACUAAGAUUUGCGUACAUUCGUCCGGUCAGUCCUUCUGCACGGUUGUGACUGCUGGGCAAUACGCCUGGAAGAUAAGGAAGAACUGGAGGUUUUUGGCCACCACUGCCUUAGGACUAUCUUCCGAGUGAGAUACACCGACUUUGUUUCAAAUGAGACAGUCCGCACCCGAUGUGACAUCAUCACAAGUUGAUCAGAAGAAGUAUCGGCAACAUCACAAUUAUAAAUCAAGCCAUUCGAGAAAAACAACCACGGUGAUUUGAACACGUUCUACCUCGUGCAACUCGCGAGCUCAGUGCUGUUGCCCUAGAACAAGUACCGUUAUCCGCUUAGGAGCGUCGAAGGGGGGUCAAAUCAGAACCGGGCUCGACACAGUUCGUCACGAAAGAAGAGUGGUUCUUGGAAUUUCGGUACUUGAUCUACGACUUUUGUGAAGAAAAUGAGUUGAACUAUCCAGAUCUGCCGCCGCGUAUCAUCAUGCGUGAGGAUGUACUGUCCGUGACAUCACUGAGGACGGCAAGAUCAGACAUGUUCGCGGGCGUACCAAGUACAAACACAAGUACGUACGUAUAAAAUGUAGUGUUACCAGUCAACUAGCAUGUUAAGUCCAGCCUCCUUAUCUGUCAACGUUGUGAGGACUAGUAAAAUCUCACGCUGCAUCUCUAACCCGGAAUAGAAUAGCGACCAUGUGGUUAGUGGUUGCAAACUUGAAGUUUUGGAGAGUUUUUAAUUUAUUUAAUGCAUUUAUCGCUUAGACUACAGGACGUUUACGCCGCGUUGUGUUUUAGACGUUUCCUUCUUUCCGCUUAGUUAAAUACCGUCUACAGACCAUCUGCGUGAUAAAGUCGCCUAUAUUAAUGCAUACAGUUACUCCAGUUGUUUAGAAGGCACGUUGUCGGUAAACAGAUGGAUUAAGUCCUGAACGGAUAUUGCCUUUUUUCACCUUCUUGUUUUUCCACCUCUGUUAUCUUUUUUGCGUACGCGUGGAGUUUGCUUGAAAAGGAUCCCAAAUAAAAGAAUAUAGGCCUCAUUGCAAAAAGCACAGAAUUUUACAAAACGACUAAACGCGCACCUAGUACCUAGUACCAAGUGCAUCGCAUGCAUGCUGGUUGGUUACAAUUCAUUUGCACAUAGCAGUCACUGAAAUUUUCUUCUCUAGUUUUUUCUGUCCAAAAACUUUUGCUUGGACACGCCGUAAACGAUGGUUCCCAUGGAAGAAACGUUAACGCUAUUUAAACGUUUUUUAGUUUCAUCACUGGUUCGUAUGAUCGGACCGCAAAAAUAUGGGAGACAGACACAGGAAAUUUGAUUUGCACUUUGGAGGGACACAAAAAUGUCGUCUACGCGAUAACUUUUAAUCUCCCAUUCUCAGGUAGAUCAGGUUUCCAUUUUCAACUACUGCUGCAAAUUUUUUAUGCUUCAAAUAUGUAAUUGGUGCAUUAACAUCUUACCUAGUCUAUGUCUUGGGGUCAGCUUUAUGCGGUCAUUUUUGGGCAAUAUCCCAAAUCCUCACGUGCACAUAAAUGUCACAGCACAUGGAAUUAAUUAUGAUGUGUAAUCACCUUCCAAAUACAGGCUGUAAGCAAGGAAGAACUCGCAAACCGACGACCUAUUUAUUUGACUAUGCGAGUUUUCCAUCUCCUAAAGUCUAGAGUAAGAACAUGGCUGCGACUUGUAAAAGCCUCUAAUUUGAACUGCCAGUUUAUACAUUAGUUGCCUCCAUGCUGAGGCUUAUACCUCACCUAACUUGCAAUCAAACUUUCAUCCUUUUGUCACUGUCCGUCCGAAAUGUUAUCUGUUUAACGAAAAAGAGACCCGGAUCGGUGAAUUCAGAAACUUUAGCAACUUUUGCUUGCUAACGUGAUUUCGGGACGUACUUCUCCUCUAGCCUGGUUUACCUGGUUUUAUUAAAUGACACGAGACCUAGGAGAUCAGAUAAGUCGAAAUGCCAAUAUGUCGGUAUGUUGCUGUAAAACGCCCUAGCUCAAGAUGUUAUUUCCGUCAAAAUUGAAGGUGUAUCCAGCGUUUCUUCAACAAACGUGUGAUUUCAUCUCUGUCCACUCUGUCCACGUUUUAAGGGCACUUUGCUUCACACUAAAAAUACAACACGACUGGCUGACGAUAAAUACCAAACGAGAAACGCCUCGUUUCGUGUGACUUGGCAGUUUUCGCCUCCAAUUCACUUGUCGGCAGGGCGUUGUUGGGCGUCCCACGUUUAGUGCUCUGGAGGGCGCCUGGUUUUCUUAGCGUGAUCUUAAUAGGAAGGGGUACGUUCUCCCCGUGUUCUAGGCGGUGAUCGUGUUUGCGAUCAGCUGACCCAUUCUGCUUAGAUAACAUGCAAUAUACACAUAAGAAGCACUGAUCACGUCGCCGCAUGGAAGAAUGGGUCAGACUUCGGGGUCACUCGGUGUGGUGAAUCAAUAAAAUCUCCCAUUAUUUGAUUUGCUUCAGCCGGAGAACGCCGACUCCCAGGCGAUGAACUCUGCACUGAUUACAAUUCCUACCAGCCUUCUCGCACAUAAAAAAGCUGUAGGACUCCCACAAGCCUGUUAUAAAGCAUUCUGUAUCGUCCCCACGUUCGCCCCUAGAGUAAUGGACUUAUUAGGGAGUUGAAAGUUUAUAAUUUGAGCCUACGUUUAUCUCUUGGAGAAUAAUUACGCAAAUAUUGCUUAAAAUAAGCAAUCUCAGAGUCUCUUUCACAAAGCAUGCGCUGUGUGCACAUGUGUCAUCGGGAACUUUGGGGUACACUUGCUCUAGCAUCCGACUGAUCUGUUUUAGGAGUUCACAUUGAGCGUUUUUCAACAAAAUGUAAUCUAGACUACAAAAAACAGAGGAAAGGAAGGCAAGGUCAAGUGAGGAAAACUACGAACCUGUGGAAAGAACUCAGAAUGCUGGCCAAAAUACCAGAAAACUGAAUAAAAACUGUUUUGAGGAAAGUUUGCCUGCUGUUUGGCCUCGUGAACUCGCUUAAAAUCUAAUACGGCGCCAAAUUUUUUUAUCCUCGGGAGUAGUUACAUCUUAAAUUUAGUCAUUAAUUCACGUUCGAAGCAAUCUAGCAGUAAUUGUCAUUUCCCGCAGAUAUCAUGAUGUGAAGAAAUUGCAGAUGGGGAAUGAUUCAUUUCCGUGGGGUUUUUGGCGGUAACCUGCUCCGCAUCCAGCAAGGGCCGGUGGUCUGUUAUUGUAAACUGACAGGAAAGUUUACCUGUAGACAACAGUGACUUUUUGGUUAAUUUAACCAAAGCGCUCAGACCAUAGCCCGAAUAACCAUGUUAAUAGUGCCUCGUCGGAGAUCAGCUGUCCCGGGUAACUUAGUAAUGGUAUGCUUCCCUAUGGAACAUGGAUUUCUGAACGGACGUCUCGACCCCCCAUCCCCCCAUCUACUGCAAGCCUUUUUUAAUAUUCCGGGUUUCUUCUUCAUGAGGGUGACUGAAGCUUUCUUUAAUGUCGGACGACAUCUAAGGCGCCAUGAAACCACCACGGUGUCUGGCCUUUUUACUGGUAACCAAGUUCCCAGACCAUUGUCCUGUAACACCUAAGGAAGUUAACGCUGAGUGAUUCGCAACUGCUUAUCUGCCACAUCUGUGAGUCUGCCUCUUGAGCGACCUCGCCGUCAUCCACGAACACGCUAGGUAGCCGCAGCCAGGCUAACAGGUUGACCUCGCCUUCCCAGUAUUUCUUUUGUCUCGGGACAAUUUGCAUUUUCAAACCGGAGGUGGUAGAGAGAACGAUAAACACGCCCGCUAGGAGAAGGAAUGUGCUUAAGGUGUCGAAAAUCAGGACCAAGUGAACUGGGGAUCCCGAAUGAGAAAUCCUCGUUCUGCCGGACAUCACACUUAUACAUGUAAAACUAAGGGGUCAUUCUGUCCCCCUACCAAUUCCAGUAAUCUAUACUAUUAUAAAUUUUAUGUAAAGUCUGGAAUUUAAGCCCCUCCUGAGGAGUUUGUCUCAAUUUCGGCGUACUGGUGACCCUCAAUCAACACGGUGUUAAAAGAUCCGAAGUUUUAUAAGAGAACGCACGUCUAAGUGGUUAUUCGUCCUGAGAACGAAAACAGGUCGCAAUACGUCUGCGCUAGUAACGAAUGUGUGACCGAGCAAGACACAGCAAGACGUGGGAGAUGAAUGUGUCUAGCGUUCUCGAGUUAUUAAUUUUUCUCUGGUCUGACAUUUGCUGAAAAAGACCCCGUCCUCCAAAAUAAACACUCGCACUCCAAAACUGUCCGAAUUAGUUUGUAAUGCAUGAGCCACAGCUCCACAGCAUCGGAAUUAUGAUAAAGUUUCGGUGACCUGGGCCAUUAUCCCUGCACAGUUGAUUUUGUGGACGGAAGUCUGAUGGGCAGCAUCAGAAGGGUACUGCGUAGAGUAUGAUUUUGAAUUUAGCCUUUACUUAAAAUCUCAAAAAUGACUUCAUUCUACGACAUUUGCAUUUUAUAUGCUUUUUUACCAGACCGUAUAGCUACUGGGUCGUUUGACAAAACUGCUUGCUUAUGGAACGCAGAGACUGGAGAGCGUCUUCAAACACUUUCUGGUCACAGUGCAGAGGUGGUGUGUAUCCAGUUUAGUUCAAACGGCAAAAGUCUUGCGACCGGUAAGCUGAAUUAUUUGUCUGCACUAUUAUUGACCGGAACUUGUGCCCCGAUCAGAAGAACGGUUUUAAUAGUUUGAAGAUUAGAAAGCAUACACUUUCAGUCUUUUUUUUCCAAAAGCAGUAUGCGCUUUCGUGUGACUGCGUUGCAAAGCGAUUCAAAGCUUUGUCCCUUAACGAGUCCGAAGCGUACUUUGGAAUUCAGCCGUUUCCUCGUGAACGGUUAAUGCCUAGUUCAGCCGCGGCUAAAAUACUUGAAACCCUGACUUCCUUUUCAAUAUAAGGUUAGCAUUACAUAAAACGUCUUAAACAUUUAGUAAUUUUAUCAUAUUUCCAAGCGCGUAGAAGCCGCUGAAUCCAAUAUUUUUGUUGUACUCUUAAGGCGCCUUUUCCUGGUAAACUUGAAACACGGGUUCAUUCGAGUAUUGACAACUUAAAAGUACUGGUCUCUUCAGCACCUGUAAACCUUGUAUGAAAAACAGACACCACACAUUUCUUGCCUUAAAAGAUUAGCAAUUAGCAAGUAGUAAUUCAUUUCAUAUCCUUUAGGGAGCAUGGAUACGGUUGCCAAGGUGUGGGAUGCGGAAACGGGUAAGGAGACGGCUACGCUGGCUGGUCACACGGCGGAGGUGAUUGCACUUCAAUUCACCCAUGGCGGCUACGGUGCCUACGAUCCCAAUGGCGGUCAGAUCCUACUUACUGGCAGCUUCGAUCACACAGCCUGUCUGUGGGAUGUGCGGACCGCUUCCCGGAUCAGUCAUCUGAGGGGGCACACUGCAGAGGUGGCAGCCGCAGCAUGUACAUUUGAUGGUCGUCUUGUCGCGACCGCCUCGAUGGACAAGACAGUGAGAGUAGGCGGUCCGACACAUUCUGUUUUUUCUCCUUCAAAAGUCCCUUUUUUGAUAUCAUCAUGGAAACUUGGCUCUCAAUGAAGCUGUUGCUUCUUUUCGAAGGUGUGGGACACUAGGACUAGGCGUCCCUUGUACGUUCUGACAGGACACGAUGAUGAAGUUCUCGAUGUGGCAUUUGACCCCAGUGGCCGACAGUUGGCCAGCAGCAGCGCGGACUCGACGGCCAUCCUCUGGGACGCGACAAGGACCGGUUCAGAAGGGGAAGCCAGACAGAUGGUGAAGUUGGUGGGUCACGACGGUGAGGUCAGCAAGGUACUGUUGACGAUAACUACAUCCUCUACUUAAAAUUUGGUUUCGAAUCUUUCGAGGAUCUUAGGUGAAAAUGUUACGAAAUUUGACUAAAUUAAUGGAAAACGCCGAGGAUCUUAACAGAAGGGUUGUUAUGACUUGUUACGCCAAACGUUUCAUCGUCAGUUGACGUGGAAAAGGGCUGCGCGGCAGUUACUGACCUAGAUGCUUGGACAUGCAGGCCUGUAGCUCGAGUUAACGGGGCUACGCUGCGGUGGCGGCGGCGUCUAUCGUAAGAGAUUAUCACAGAGACGUGUAGGUGUUAUACGUAGUCCACGUUAGUCACUAUAGCCAGUUCACUUGAGGUCGGCUUGACUUAGAAUUGCUAUCGAAAAGGGAGGAGGGAGAAAGACCCAUUCAGCUCGGCUUCAGCACAAUGAAGCUCUGAAACCACAUUUGAUUUUGCACAAGGCACUUAUGGUUGUGGUUAAAAAGGUUGGUUCUUCUACGAGCAGAGGGCCAGACUGUAAUGGCUAUUCGUUAAUGUGGCCAUUAUAGAUGCUGUCGUAUGUACGUCUGUAGGCCGACACGUAUGUGGUUGCAUAACGCCGAAGUGGAGCAGAUGCCUCGUCAGUCAAUAUGUCCACGGUCACUGGCAUUGGCCCACUAACACCUGGUAAGUGGGGGAGAAGAAAGUGAAGUUGACACAGCACAAGUCCCCUAACAGUGAGCCAGAUUACGCGUACGUCCCCACUGCGCCCUCCAGACAGAUCGAUUACUAUAGACCCACGGCCAGUGUCAUCAAUAAUGCAUUUCAGAGGUAGCCCGCUGUGUGAAUUUUAAGUAAUACAAUAGGUGUUUGACCGGAGAAUAGUUGUCCGAACACAAGCAAUCGGCAAUUCGUCCCGUGAAUUUUACUGCUCCCUCCAGGCCCAUGAAAUGUCUAUACAGUCGGUGUAAUUUCUUCCUUCAAGGCAAGUUAAUUCAAAUACUCGAAAGCGACAUAUUCUACAUACGGAUAUGCGACGGCGUGGCUAAGGCAUCCGGUAAUCUUCUAGGACAAUCGUGCGGUAUGUUUUGAAGGUCCGAAAACAACACGUAGAGUUCUUUAUUGUGUCAAGGUUGAGCCAGAUAUUCGUAAGCAUGGAACACGAACCAUAUUUAAUUCAUACUUCUUCGAAUGUUUGCUCACCACCAAGCCCCAACCCCUUUCUCUCACCAACGCUCACAUUUUGUCAUCAACCAUCAUUAAAAUUGUCUAAGUUACUAAAUCAUUGGUUGACUGGAAGACAAUGAGGGGCCCUACAUGGUUACCAUCUAUGAGGGUUCCACUAUGUCUGGGACAACUAAACACAAGGUCCAGAUUUUCUUCGGCCAAAGUAAAGCUUCUUUGAACUUUGUGGUUCCUGACAGAUUCAACUGAAUGCAUUUCUGCAGCGACACACUUAUUAGGACUCCUAAUUCGGCAAUCUUCCCGAUCACUCACAUCCACCGCCCUGGGACAGCCUCCGGCCAAGGCGGCUGCGACCAAGCACUCACCAGUCAGUCAGUCAGGGCCAGGCAUCCAGGCAGGAGUCCAGCCGUCAACGCUGGCGCAUCGAUCAGAACACUUCAACUGCUUUACUGAGGGGAAUUUGAAAAAUCUGCAUAAUUCAGGAUUCGUUCCGCAAUACACCUGACGCACAAGCUUGCUGCUGCACACGAUUUGUGACGCCUCAUGAUAGAGCGAGGCAGUCAUGUUUACUAUUUGAAAAUGUUCAGUUGCACCAGAGGACAGGCCACGGUUUACUUCCCCUAAAAAUGGAAUUAAUUCCUCGACAAAGGUUCCAUACCUCGUCGGUUGCUCAAAGCGCUGCUAGGUUUAACUUACUUUCAGUGCCCUCGUCUGUUAUUAACUGAGUCAUCUGAUCACAUCGAACUGAAGUGGCAGGACGAACCCUGUAAGAGUCCGCAGGCAUUCUAUUAGUUAAUGCUUCCUUUAUAGAUGAUUCUAGAUACGCUAACUGAGAUUAGGAUCCGACAGUCAAUAAGAUCGAGUUAUCAAAUGGCGUCGACUUGCCUCCUGAAUAUUUGGAUUACACGUUUCCACUGAGACAAAGCACUGUCAUUCAGAAAAGUUUGCAGACAUGCAACGCUUGAUCAGCUUCUACACCCUUAUGUUUACUAUUUUCCUAUCUACUCAUGCGUUAAACACCUUGUGAACGAUUAAUAAAACAGUCCAUAAUGUGGUCCCGCCGUUUUGUUCAUAUCAGCCAGUCCUUCUGGACAAUAUGUAUUUCGGUUGAACGCCAACGUUCUGAAAUCUCAAAAAUUCGUCACGCUGCCGUAGUUAGAAGCGGAAUUCAAUUAUCCCUAUUACGUCGUCGUAGGGUGGAGUGCAUCCGAUUGCACGUCCACAUUAUCCAAAGCAGCCCCGUGUUUGGUAUUAGAACAGAUCCAUGGUAUGUUCUUGGAUGGGGGCUCGGAGAUAAUUCUCGCUAACGCACUCAGUUGCAUUUCUCACAUAUGCUAUAAGCGUUUGGUUGAAAGCCCAUGUCCAGGAUCGUUCUGUCUAAUUUCGGGGACAACUCACUUGUUAACUUCGAAGCAGCGCCCGUCGUAACCUAUCUGGCAAUCAGGAGUGACGUUGAAAUGGCAACUGUUAAUUGGCACCCUUUUCAGUCUAUUUUAAGGGUAAUAGGAGACGCCCUUGGAAAACCACCUACCCCCGAUGUCCUCCUACAGGUCACGUGUGAGAGAACUUUAUCGAAAUAAGAUCAAUAGCACAGGUUUAGGCGUGAAAGUAAUGCUAGACAGGUAUGGAAUUCGGCAGCACCAGCUGGUCGGCGCACCUCUAGCAUAAAUACACUCGGUUGUUCCUGAAUGAAGGCAAUGACCUAAUCUCCCCUUCUGCCUUAUUGAUGCCAUCUCACUUCUCUACUGAACGUCGAGUGGGGAAGACAGAUCAAAGGUUAGGUUUAUACCUGCCUGACCGCGGUUUUGUCCGAUGCUCACGGAGGUUAGGGGAAACAACAUGGCCACUCAUGUCCAUAGCGCCUACAGUAAGGCUUUGCUACCGGUUAUAUCCUAAUCUGACUUACUGAGCGGAGGCCUGUCCGACACCAGAAAAAUCUCGCCUUUAAAUGUGGAACUAGUGUGCGCUGCAAUAAAUCAGCAAAGCAAGAGAGUUUUUGAAAAGGCAGUUUUCAAUUAACCACUGCUUAUGUCUCAGUGAAGGAACCAUUUUCAGCAUAUUCCUACGGGUUAGGGUUAUUGCGCUUUAAUACCUAACUUUAGUUGUAUAUGUGACGGGUAUCGAGUUAUUACUAUAAGCAUUGCCUAAAUGAUUUAAGUAGUACAAUUACAGGAGUAAAACGAACGGCAGAGGGUGUAGUAUUGUGUGCCAAUAGGUAUGUAGUCAAACUGCACUAAUGCGCUCAGUCGUAUUUGACGGCUAGUUGCAGUGCAGUCGUCACCAUGAAAGUGCCAAAUAAAACUAUUUAUUUAUUACUGUCUUAUGGCGGCCACGCCACCUCUCCACAAUGCUCUGAGUGAAGCAGACACGUGGAAGAUUGAGAGGGUCGCUUCGUGCGCGGUUUAAUUGAAAACUUACUGAGGUUGGAUGAAACAGUGUUGCUGAAUAGGUUGACUCAUCAGGCCACUCGCAACCGUAGUACAUGCAAUAGGGCUUUACUAACAUAAAUGUCGUUUUUUCAUAGCGUUACCUCUUAAAUGUUUGCAUUCCCCUCAGGUCUGCUUCAACCCACGAGGGACAACUAUAAUGACGGCAAGUGCGGACAAGACGGUGCGUUUGUGGGAAACCGAAAACGGUAAUCUGCGGGAAGUUCUCCUUGGACAUACCGAUGAGAUCUUCAGUUGCGCAUUUAAUUACGAAGCGGAUAAAAUAAUCACUGGCUCCAAGGACAACACGUGCCGUAUCUGGUCAUAG